CAAGGGAAGUUACUCUAAGAAAUUGGUCAAAACUGUGACAUUCUUCGAAAAAGGACACACACACACACACCUUUUUCUAGUGCAGCAAAAUAAAAUAGAUGGGUAGAGUAGUCAUUUUGGAAAUUCACACGAGGGUAGGACAGGCAUACAAUAACGAAGAUUCAAGACACAAAGUGCCGCAGUUAGAGAUUGAAACAAUUUUCGAGGAACCCCAUGUAAAGAAAAACCAAGAGCAAGUUUGAAGGAAUAACUAUGGAAAAUAGAAAAAACGUUGUUAAGGUAUAUCCAGUGCCAAAACCUUCUUAUUGUUUAAGCCCAGAAGAUACAAAUUCAAGCAAAGAGACAGACAAUUUUAGACAAAUCGCAACAUUUGCCAUGUAUGAGAAGGAUACAGAAGUUGUCAUGCCACAGUACAGCUUAGACCUUCAAACCUUUGUGUUACCGCCGACUCCAGAAGAUUCACUUAGCGUAGAGUCAGGGCAAGGUGAACCAUUCUUGUUUGAAGAUAUUAUUGCAGAAUCAAGUGCACCUGAUAGUAUUUCUACUGGCACGAGCGGCUUGCAUUGUCCAGCAAAUUUGGAUGAGUCUUUUCCUCUUGAUUCACACCUACAACAACUGUCAUCACACCCUUAUUCGCAGACUAAGCAAGCUGACGAACUAACUGUUAUACAACUAAAAGCAUUUGAUUCCCAGAAUCAGACAUAUUUAUCCGAUGAAAUCAUCAAAGCACCAAAGACGGUAAGAUAUUCUGAAACAAGCAUUCCUCAUGAAAGUGAAAAUUCUGAUCAAAAUGAAUCUGGAAUCAGUGCAGCAAGAGGUGUUACUCUUGAACAGACAAGUGCCUCAGUUGUAACUAUGUCAACAGUGUCUUCAGAGGUACCAGGGAAUGAUCUGAGCACUAAUUCACAAGUUAAAAGUAAGAGCAGCAAUUCGUUAAAAUUCCCCCCAUGUGUUAUCUGCAAUGGCAAAGCAUCAGGUGCACACUACGGUGCGAUAACAUGUGAAGCAUGUAAGGGGUUCUUCAGGCGUUACCUUCAAAAGAAGAAAGAAUUCAAAUGUACUAAGGGAGGAAAAUGUGAAAUUUCUAGUGGUAAAAAGGGGAACUGUUCAGGAUGUAGGUUAAAGAAAUGCCUUGCUCUUGGAAUGUCAAAAGAGAUGUCGAAGUUAGGAAGAUACACCUUAACGAAAAGGACAGAAGCAAUUAUCAACAUGAAACGACUAGAAGGAAAUGUAGCAUCUGAUUCAGUUUCAGACGAAUGUGAUGUGCUUCCUGUUGAAAGUGGAUGCGAUGCAACCAGUUGUAAUCUAGAAACAGAUUUAAUAAUGCAGCAUCUUUUACAGAAUACAAAAACAUUAAAUGUAUCUAAUGGCUUCAAUGAUAUGCUCGUUGUGGAACUUAUUCAAGCCCUGGAUGAUAUAGAACCUUACGGCCCAAAUGUAAAGACAAAGGAACAAAUCAGUGAACUGCACAAACAUCAUUAUGAAAGGUAUAAGCUAAAAACUGAACUCUUUGGUAAAAUGAACAGUGUGCCUAAGGAUGAAUACAAUAAAUUGUAUACAGAAUUUGGCAUUGAUAUAGAUGGUCGGAUGGCUGAUAUGAAAAUACAAUGUGAAGAUGUGGAAGAUGAUGUAGCGCGUUACUGUAACUUUGCAAAGCACAUUCCUGAAUUCCACAGUCUCCCGAUGCUUGAUCAGUUAAACUUAUUAAAAGCUUUGAUGUUGGAUUUUUCCACCGUAGUCACGCUUGAUGGCUACAACGAUGAACUUCGGACAUUCAUAAGUAAAAAUGGACAAGGCUAUCACUUUGACGAGAUGGCUGAUAGAGAAUUGUCUGCAAAAUUGCUGUUCUUGAUGAAGGAUGUUCUUUGUCGCCUGCAAAAGCUGGAUCUGAGCAAAGCAGAAACUGCAUUGCUAGCUGCUUUAACUUUAGUCUCCACUGAUCGAUGCAAGCUUCAAAAUCGGGCCCAUGUAGAAAGGAUACAAUUGGCUGUUACAGAAUUGCUUCAACAAGAGAUAAAGAAAAAGCAAAAACAAGCAGCUCGGAGCAGAUUUACAAAGAUUAUUGACUCUUUAACAUAUAUGCGAGAGAUGUCUGAGCUUUAUACGAAAGAACACAAUUUGAUGUGUAAAGAUGAAGUGUUGAUUAAAGAAUUCCCAUUUUUUGUAGACUUUAUUAUUGAAGAAAAUUUUUAAAAUAUUAAUUCACAGAUAAAGUGAAAAGAUUCGUUAUACAUGUAUUAGAAGUACAUUUACAUUGACAUAGUGUUUAGUGUCUUGCACAGAGAAAUAACAAUAGAUUAAAUCAAGAAUUAGACAAUGUAAAACUGAUCACUUUAAGACUAUAAAAUGAAAUUAUAAACUGAAGAGUUGUGAAACUGCAAUAUAUUUUUUGAUGUUCAAAGACGUGAUGUGGUUAUAGAAAAGAGAAAUAUUUUUUUUUGCCAGCUAGGGUUUAAUAUCAGUUACCUUUUGACAUUAAUGAAAACAAAAUCUUAUUUCGCUGCAAAUAUAACUCCGUAGGGUUUGGUCCCAUAAGAAGAGAAGGGAUGGCCCUAGUAAUGCGUUUGUGCCUGUGGCAAAUUAUAUGGGAAUAUCAUACCUAAAAACAUUUGCUUUGUACACGAUUUAUUAUUGCUUUUUUGUUACACUAAUAAUAAAUCAAAAACACAAUGCUAUUAUUUUUUAACAAAAUUGUUUGCUGGGGGAUAUUUUCUGAUAUUUUAUGUGCAUGUUUUUGAACCUGCAUGCAAAAAAACACAAAGAAAAUAUCAAACAGGGAAUGCCAUGUUCCAAAAACGCAGCCUCCCCAAAAUGAAACCCACAGCACGCAGACGUGCACACUACAAACACACACACACACACACACACACGCAUACAAAGCAAACACACGAGGACAAAACGAACAAAUACAGGAACACAGUGGGGCACCGCCUUGGAACGGUCAGUGGCAAAAACACCACUGGGGAGCUUAAACCGGUUUAUGGUGCGCACCCAGCCUCACUCUUACCCCCACCAUGUUCCAAAGGCACGGGACAGUGUAAAUAAAAGUAAUCCCCGCCAGGUGAAUCUCUAACACACGUAAUGGAAACAAAAAGGCAUGGCAUGUAAAACACAAAAAUGCUUGUGUAUAAAUAUAUAAAAAGCAAACCUUAAGAACCAGAAACGUAUAUACUCAAUGCCUUUGCAGAAGACAGAGCAACAAGAGAAACACCCUUAAGGGCCCGACGAAACAGGCCGGAAGACAGGUAUCAAAACAGUUCAGUCCUAAAGCAAGUGCUAGAAAAUGAGAUUUGAUUACGUCGUUUGUUAUAGUGUUUAAACUUCGGGUAUAUGAGUAUCUGUAAUUGAUGGCAUCAAAAUGAGUAUAAACAUCUAACAUUAACAAAAGUUGUAAAGGAGUACAUUUUGCACUGGUUUAAAAUGAAUAGUAAAUAAAAUGUUUAGAAGAACAUUCGGAAGCAUAGAAUACAACCAAGCAAAAUAAUCCCAGACUCGGUUUGCUUAAGUUUUUUCACGGGAGGUAAUAAAAUAUGCACCUCCCAUCACAACCCUUUGUGCCGACUUUGGUGGGAACUCUCUUAUGCACUUACAAUGAAUGGAAUGCAUUGUCCCAAAAGAUCAGAAAAUGUUACAAAUUCUAUAUUUUCAGCACGAAUAUUCCGAUGAAAGAUUUUGAUGCGUUAGAAACAAUAAAUGAUUAAAUUGUUGUUAUAUAAAACGACGGAAUACUUAAUAAAUCUCGCUGUUUACUCCUGUACUUAAACCCGGAAAACUUAUCUUAAAAAGAGUUAUGUCUUCAGAUUCAUUUUUAAGUACGCAAUGUACUUUCAAGAAAAGAGGCUACUUAUUAUGUCUUGGAGCAAAGCAGUUUUAUAUGCUUCAUUACUUUUAUUAACUUAGAUCAUUUUCGUUUAUUAGAAAAACACAUUGUACACAUGUAGUCCGUAAAUAUGUAGAAAAAAAGUGUUAUGUUAGUCAAGCAAUAAAGGAGUGUUGUUUGUUUUGUUGGAUUUACUGUCGCACCGGCACAAUUACAGGUCAUAUGGCGGUUGUCCAGCUUUGAUGUUGGAGGAAGACCCCAGGUGCCUUUCCGUGCAUUAUUUUAUCACGGAAGGGCACCUGGGUAGAACCACUGACCUUCCGUAAGCCAGCUGAAUGGCUUCCUCAAUUGAAGAAUGCAACGCCCUGAGUGAGGCUCGAAUCCACGUUGGUUAGGGGCAAGUGAUUCAAAGACAGGGACCUUAACGACUUUGCCGCGGAGGCCCCAAGAGUGUUGUAGGAUAAAAUGAAUUUAGCUUAACUUAACUGCUAACGCAGAAACAUUGACAAAAUAAAAAUUGUUUAUGAUCUUUGACAUUUUAUAGAAGUAGAUAGUACUUUGGAAACUUUGAUAUGAUGAUAUUCCCCUGUAAUAAUAUCUUGGACUAUGAAUUAUAUAUAUGUUCGGGUGAAGGAGUCGGUGUUCAUCUAAAAUAGGUUAAAACAUCACAUCGCCCCAUCUCCGCAAUGAUCCAAUGCAAAAUAAAAGCAGACUCGGUUUGGUCGAGCCUCUGUACAAGGGUUGAUGAAAAGUGAUACCUAGCUAUCUCGUGGCAGAAAUAUGCCACCGUAAACACCGAAAUUGGUAUUUGCAUGUGUUGUGACGUAGGGAUUACAACCCAAUAAAUUUCAAUAUCAAGAGCACAUGUAUAACGAGAGUUUGACCAUCCAAAUCACAGAGAUAUUAAACACAAAUGACAGAGACCUUAUUUGAAUAAACAUUUCAUCUAAAUAUACUGAAUGCAGAGUGUAGAGUGUAAAGAUAACGAAACAUAUGGUAUUUUUGAUAAAUCAAUGGCAAAUAACUAUUGAUAGGACCCUUAAGGUGAAGAAGGUGUAAUUCAGAGACGUCUUGCGGAACGCUAAACGGUACGCUUCGCAACGUCGCGUCAUUACGUUCUAUAAAGCUGUUGGAAACAAAAUGCGUCGAGCGAUGCAAGAGGGCGAUACUCACCGGAUGUUUUUUUUUUCAUUCUCGGCUGGAUAAUCUUGGUGGUUAAGCACUAUAUAUGCUGUGUAUGUGCAAGUCUUUUCUAUACGACAAUGGUAACAUUUGAGAAUAAUGAAAGGCAUUUCAAAAUUCAUUUAUAUUUUGAAGACAGCUGAUGUGUAUAAAUUUUAUUUAUCAUUCAGACAUUUUAUAUCAUUGCUGUAUUACAUACAGCCAUAGCAGUUAUCAAACGCAUUGUCAUAAUAAACAUGAAAAAUUAUGAAAAACA